GGGUAUUUAAAACGAAACUUUAUUUGUAAUAUCAAAUUCGGAAAAUUCAAAAGAAUGUACGUCUACUUUCUGUUUGAUAGCCUAAAGUCCAAUGACUUCAUAUGUUCUAGAUCUAGAUAGUAUAUACGACGUGAAACCGAAGAAUAAACAUGGAGGAAGAUGAAAUACAAGACAUCAUGAAAUGCAGUAAAUGCAGUAGUCCUCUACAAGACGAGGCAAAAUUUUGUGAAGAAUGUGGACAGCGGGUCUGUAGAGAUACAACAGCCAGGACUACCUUUUGUCCCAAUACCAUUCAGAAUGAAGCAAGGACUUCUCAACCCUGUGGGAAGGAUAUCAGAGAGGGAAAGAAGUUCUGCCUUGAGUGUGGGUGGAAAAUAAAUCUGGCCUGUUUUUUACCAGGAGCCACAAUGUGCACAGGGAUGUUACAGAGCGGUGCACCCUGUGAGAACAUUGUGACGCCCAAUACCAAAUUCUGCUCAGGAUGCGGCAGACCUCCUGGUUCUGAGCCACCAAGACCAACUGCUUCCAACAACAAUGCGGAAAACUCAAAUUCAUUAUCCCCGGUGAUUCAGGAAAAACUGCAGGGAUCUAGUUCUACAAGCAGUGUUGCCACAACUGAAAACGAUCAGAUGCUGGACUCUUUUGUAUUGGAAUCCGAUAAAGUGGCUGAAUCAGUAGAAGCAAGUGAAAGUUGUGAAGUGAUGGAAGUGGAUGCAAACCAGCAUACCACAGAUGGUGUACAACAAGGUGAAAGUGUGCAAAACAAGACAGGAGAUCCACCCUCAGGAGGAUGCAGCAAUGUAGAGGGACAGGUCGACUUAGAAAAUAAAGGUAGAAUUGAAUCCCUUGGUCAUAUACCACAUUCUGCAUCAAUUGACAUUGAUGAUUCACAGCAAUCUGGACAAGAUGGAAUUAAAAAAGGUCAAAGUUCUGCAGACAAACUAAACCAAACACAUUCUGCAGCAUCUGCACAUCAAAAUUGUUCCACUUCAGAGCAAGAUGGAGGAAAGCAUGACAUGGAACAAGCUGUGUCAGUGUUAGGAGUUAAUAACAAAGAUGAAGAUGAUGAAAAAUCAUCUGAUAUGUGGGUUCCACCAAAUGAAACACAUGCAGCAAGGCCUGUUGAAGCCAUGGCAGAUGCUCAAAAUGGGAAUCAUGAAUGCAAAAUGGGUGACCGUGAUUCAAGGAGUGGUCCAACAGAAAUGCAAAGUGCCCAACAUUCUGAGCAAGACAGUGAGAGUGAUGAAAUGAAUGAGGAAGAUCUUGAAGAAUUAGACAGUGAUCCAGACAGUAACAGUGAGGAAGAGUCUGAUAAAGACAACCAAGCAGAAACUGGGGGAUCAAAGUCAAAGAGAAGGAAGAAAACGAAGAAAAAGGGCAAAGAGAAAUAUAAGAAGAAAAAGGCGAGGAAAGAAAAAGUAAAGGAUGUACACAAGAAAGAAAAUUCACCAGAAAGCAUAUCUAAUCAGAAGGUGGUAAAAUCAGAUGAAACUGCUGAAAAAGACAAGGAUGACAUUGUUAAACAAGGAGAAUCAUCUAAAGUGGGGAAUAGUGAAUCUUCUGUGUCAUCAUUACCUGCAAGCACCGCAUCUCCAUCAACAACUUCAGAUGGAAAAGACUUGACAGGGCCUUCUCCACAAACUGAACCUGCAACACUUCAUGGUUUGUCAGAGCAGCAAGGAAAGUAUGGAACAAGUGUUGAUCCACCACCGACUAAUGGUGGAACCAGUGGUUAUCAGAAUAACCAAAGUAAUAAUGCAUCAACAAGUGGAAGAACUUAUGCAGAUGCUGCUAGUACUGGAAACAUGGUAACAACAAGGAGCAGGAGUGAGACAGUGGAAAUAAAUUUCUGUGCCAUUGCAUCCCCCAAAUUUCUAGUCAACCCUUCUGAUAGUUAUGUUUACAUGAGAUUCAGUGCUGUUGAAUUAGGAGGGAUGAAUAAUUUUUGGAAAACAUUUUGCACACAUACUGUUGAUGGAUGUUUAGCAAUUACAGCAAAGAUCAUUGUUCCAAAGAGAGUGGUGCAUGAUGGGGGAUUAAAGUACUCAUACUGUGUCAUCGUCAAUGGUGAUCUCAAUAAUCCUGUGGAUGAGUAUUACUACAAUAACUACAAUCAGAAAGUUGAUGGGGGAAAUAGAAGAGAGUUGUCCCAUAGAGACAAUAUGUCAGAUGUAUGGUGUCAAUUUGAUGGUGUACUAAAUCCAGUUCCAGAAAAAGGCCUAUUGCAAAAACUGAAAAAUGUUACUGGCUUCGAUGGAUAUGAGAAAAAGUUAGAGUCUGACCUUUUCUUGUCUGUGAAAGGGUUCUUUCCAAGAUGGAAACAUUUUUUCACAGAAGGAAUAGAUUUUUCACCUGCAGACAUUGUGAACAGAGUGGGUAUGCUGUACAGUGGGUUGAUAAAAUCUUACUACAAAACUAUGAAGAAGUGGAAUUCGGAGACAGAUUUCAAACCAGUGGUAGGAAAGGCGGUGUUUGAGGUUUUGAAACCAAAGUUCGAAGAUCUUCAGAAAAGCAAAGACAUCAUUGGUGCGAUUGGACUCGUGUGUGUUUUGGAUGACUUUAAAUUUCCGUUAAAUCAAAGAGAGAAAAAUAUUCUAUUUGAAAGUUUGGUCUUGGAUGGAAACUCCAAAGAUAGAAAAUGCCCUGCAUAUGAAAACUUGAAGGAAAGUUACAAAGGAAUGAUACCAAAAGUAUCGGAAGCAUUGGGAAAAUUGAUUAAUUCCAUAAGGACAACACAUGAUCCUACAUGGUUAUGCUGUCUACCUUUGUAUCAUUUUUUGUGUGGAAAACUCAGACCAUUUGAAGAAAUUGCACUCAAUGAUGCCCAUGAUGCAACAAGACCUGUGUGGUGGGGAAAGGAAAAAGUUGUAGAAGAGAUGGAUUAUUUGAAAGGAAAAACAAAAUGGAGUGUAGAACCUAUGGUUAUGUUGAAAAAGUUGGAGCCCAUGUUUGAAAUGGACUUUUACCUACCAAGGUCUUUUAUGGCUGUAUUAAAAUUGGACAAAUUAGAAGUAGUGAAAUCCAAAGUAUUGCCACCUGAAGUCACUUUGGCUGGGCUUUAUUAUUUCUUCAAUACAGAGAAUUAUUUCGAAGGAGAUGCAAAGCGAAAGAUGAUGUAUGCUUGCCUUGAAGUUGUCACAUCACAGCUUAGAGAAUACUGUGAUAAAAAUGCUGAAGAAAUCUCUAAGAAUAUGUUAAGCAGUGCCUACUUGUCUGUAAAGAUUGGUGGUGAUUUGGUCUAUAUAGCAUACACAAAACAUCAGAGAGAGACUGGAUUGAUGGCCAGAACGGUUGAAGCUUAUAUGGUGUCUUUAGCUGCAUUUGAGAUAUUGGUGACAAAAGAUUGUGAAAUUGCAAAGAACUUUAAGAAAAAAGAUUUUCAUUUAACAUCAAUGGAGGAUAAAAGAAAGUGGAUUGGUUAUUGGUUGGAUAGAUACAAUUUUUACUACACAGUGAAGGAAGAUUUAAAGGUGUGGGAUCGAGUUUUAUCAAUUGAACUUUCUGAUGGAACUGCAGUGAGAAAUGCUCUACUGAAUGAAUUGAAAAAAAAUUUGCUGUUGACUCUUGAUAGAAAGACAUCAUCAACAAAAGAAGACUUGGUGGAAAUAUAUUGCAGUGGAGCAGAAGAAUUCAAUUCAACUGUGCAAGAAAUUCUUGGAAACUAUGCAUUUCAGGCACUUGAGAAAGGAUACAUAUGUGAAGACAGGAUUAUGAGUGGUCCAGGAGCAACAAGAUAUGGCAGCAUGUUGUCACGCCUUUUUGAAAGAUCUUGGGAGAAACAUCACCUGUCAGAAUCAAAUCCAAGACCAAUUCUGAAGUUCACAUUGUCAUGGAAACCUUUUGUUCAUUUUCUUGAAAUGCUUUAUCAAAAUAAGAAAUCGAAUGUUUUGACUGGUGAUUGUCAGAUCCAUUUCACUCAAGCAGCAACAUUACUGAAGGAGAUGCUGAACAAACUGCUUACAGGGACAAUGUGCAUCGGAGACAUUGAAAUGAUAAAUGAAUACGUGGACUCUUUUUUGCGCACAAACAGUGUUAUUUGGAAGAGUGAAAAGAAGGAAGACUUGGAUCAAACCCUUGUGAGAGAAACAUUGGUUUUAAGAUGUAAAGAAAUCAGGAAAUUUCAAGAAAUUCAAACAUAUGUUGGUGUCCUGGUUCACAUGUGUCAGCACUUCCCAGUGGACCUGGCAGACAUUGAUAGGCAGAUGGAAAAGUUGUCACAUCUAGAUGACAAAAUGUUGUGUGAAGUCUGCAAACCAGCUAUCAUUGAGAAAGUGUCUGACCUGGAGGCUUAUGAUCCAGUGGUGAUAGCCUUCAAGAUGUCUCCUGACAUGCAGGCAGUGUUGCAAGAUCUGAAACGGGUAUCCCAGGGAUCUCUAUUUUUGAAUAUGUGGACUAAACAAGGAAGGUUGGAAGAGACCAAAAAAGGAAGUCCUCUGACUGUUGAUGAAGUUAUGGAAAACGUUUGGCAGUCUGUACACCCAGCCUGGAUCAGACUUAGCAAGCGUAUUGCUAAAGGAGACAUUACUUUCAAGGAAUUUCAGGAUCACUUCAGAUAUGUGUCAAUUGAUAACUUGGAAGAGCAGUUAGAAUACUUAGCUGUAGGCAAGAGGGAUUGGAUUCAAGAACGAUUACGUCAAGUCCAUCAGCACCGAGAACUAGAGCAGUGUGUCAAUGGUGCCAACGUCAUUCUGAGAGUUGUCAGAGAAUAUGACUUAAAGGGCAAUUUUGAACCCAUUGAGAUGAUCGUGAAAAUGGUGCAAGGAACGGGCUUGGAUUCCAAAAUGAAUGCGUUUAACACCUCCUUGAUAGUUGCGUGUGACAUCUUGAAGGGAAUAGGAGAGGAAGAGACCAAGAGUCUGGAGGAAUUCAUUAAUUGCAAACAGCUUAUCGAGUGGUUGAGAACAUCAAUGAAAAGUUUGAAAGAGCUAAAGGUGUUCGUUGAUUUGGCCAGUAUCUCAGCUGGAGAAGGUGAUUUGGAGGUUGCAAAAGUCAAAUUUCUACAUGCUGCAACAACAGGAUAUGCCCCGUUGAUUUUCAAUCUGGAUGACCAGUGUGAUUAUUCCAAGUUCUUGGAGAAGUGCCAACAUGUUUGGAAAGAGCUUACUGAUCCACACCUACCAACCAAACUUAGAGAUACGAGCAGACACCUGGAAUGGCUGAACAGCGUGAAAUCUGCCCAGGGGUCAGUGGAGGUCACAUCCAUGAAACAAGCAGAGGCCAUCAACUCUAUAGGAAUAUACAUGGUGGGAAAGAUUGAUCCAAACCUCCAGAUGGAGAAACCACGAAUAGAUGAUGUCCUGCAACUGCAUGUACAGAAAGAUGAGAAGGGGUCACGUCUUCCAAAAAAAUACCAGUAUAAAGAACUCCAGGAGCUUCAGAGUAAACUCAUGUUGGUGGCCGGCAAGGCAGAAAUGGGUAGAGAUGAUGUGGAGAGAUUCACCAUUGUGUUUGAUGCAGUAGUAAGACUUUGCAAUGUAUACAUCAAGCUUGUGUCAUCUGGUUGUAUUCUAUUCGCUAACUGGCAAGCUAAAUUUCUCUGUGAUCCGGAGAGAACAGUGUGUGCCUUUGUCAGAUUUGGUAGUGGGGAGGGAUGCACUCAGUUAAAGGGCAGAAGAAAUGAGGAGGAAGAUAUCAGCACUACAAUUCCAAGACUGGCCAAAUUCAUGGAGAUCUGCCUGAAGGAAUGGCUGAAGUACAUCGACCAGAAGAGGGAUGAGUACCACCACCUAAAUUUCUUCACUGUCGAUCAAAUGGUGAUUUUGCAGAGAGAACUGGUUUUAAUGGGUGGGGAGAUAGAGCCAUCGGAUUUCAUAUAUCCACUCUUAUCCAUCGUGAAACAUGACUGUACAAAGAUGGAAUUGAUUGGUGCUCUGAAAAAGGCUAAAGUUGAUGUAUCUCAAAGAGAGGCUGAACAAGAAGUAGAGAUGGCUGAAGAAGAAAAGGAUGAGGACAUUGAUUCUGAUGGCGAAAAUCAACUCCAGGCUACUGCUAUUACAAAAUUUAUCUCUGCGAUCACGGAUUCAGGAUACCCUGAGAGGUUGGCCAGAGAAGCUUUGAGGAAAGGCAUUGCACCAGAUGAAAUUGAUGAGGGUAUAGUGUGGUGCGUGGAGCAUGAGGACCAGGCAGAAAUGGAGGUAGAAGUGAGUGAGGGGCAGGCCGAGGGGCCAGGGGUUGAGGAUUAUGAGGGCUGGACUAAAUCUGAGGUGUCUAUCUCCACCAUGACCCAGGACAUUCUGUCUAGUCUCCAAUAUGACAGAGACGCUGCUGCAGCAGACACCCUGAUCCCAGACCUGGAACAGCUGUGGAGGGAGUUCCUGUCCUCAAUAUCCUCCAGUGUGUCUGAUUAUCUCAGUGUGGAACAUCUAGGGAUCAUUUUGAAAAGACUCUCAGAAACUGAAACAUUUACUGUGAACCGACCAUUCCUACCUUGCUUUGAGGAAGGUGUCCCAAAUCUGUUGCUUUGUCCACAAGAUGAGAUUUUGAACACAGUGCUGACAAUAUACAGCCAUGAUCCGGAUCAGCCACUUCCUCAGUCGGAUGAAAUCCUGAUGUGUACUCCACACACCACACUGGAUGAGGUGGAGAUAUUCUGGAGAAGGGCUGUCUUUGAUAUGACUGACAGAAUCCAUUGUCUUGGGAACGGAGAUCUUCUGGACUAUGAAGUCAGUGACAGAGGGGAGAGAAGGUUGGAACCCUUCAUGCAGAAAGCAAAAGAAAAUGAUAUUCCGUAUAAGCUGGUGGUGGUGUGCAGCAUAGAGAGAGAAAACCACUCCAGAAUCGUGGCGGCCCUGGACAAAUACAGACGUCCCCCACUCCCUCUGAUGACGCAUGACAACAUGGUGAAAUACAUCAAGGACAAGCUGACCUUUGACAUCAAGAAACCAGCUGCAACGCCAGCUGCUGAGGCUGAUUUUGAACACUGCACAGUCAGGAUGGUGAAAUCAUGGAGGGCAGGAGUUGGCAAGACUCUGCACAAGAAAAGAUUGGCUGAAAAACUUCAAAGUCUCCACUCGGGUGUAGUCAGAAGGAAUAAAGCAGUGGUGUCGAUUCCACUACAUGAGAGGGAAAUCGACCUUGAUGACAUCAUGACUGUACUCCUGGAGAACACUUUGCAUCCUGGGAAAAUAGAGCCACGACUGUUCCAUAUUGACCUAUCACAUGAAGUCCAGGAAGGAGUGGACUACCUGCUGUUCCAGUUACUGAUCUUGGGCUGCUUGACCAACAGUACUGGACAUGUAUGGAGGAAGCUGCCCUAUGACCUGUACAUCGUGGAGACCAUGCCACUACUGGCCAGGGACUUCCAGGAACAGAGAGGCUUUAUAAAAUGCAUGCAUAGAUGCCUGGACAUUCUGCCUGAUGUGACUUGUAGAUCUCCUCAAGAAAGUCUGAAAAAAUAUCAAGGAAAUGCCCUAGAUAUUGGACAGAAUGAUUUGCUGUUCGACAACAAGGAGUUUCGAAGCAAUGUUUUCCAGAGACCUUUUCAGUAUUUAUAUAGACUGGACAUGAACCGAGGUCUGGGGGACGUGGACAUGAGGAGGACAGAGGGGAACCCCCAGACCUGUCUACACACACUGCUGAGACACUGUGGUAUCAAGGACCCCUCCUGGUCAGAACUCCGACAUUUUGUGUGGUUUCUGAACACACAGCUGGUGGACUUUGAGAACUCAGCCUUUGUCAGUCUGGCAGCAGCAGAGGACCUGCCAGGAUUUUCUCAGUUUGUCUUGAGAUUUCUGAUUCAGAUGUCCCGGGACUUUGCGACACGUUCCCUGGACAUGAGUGAGGAGUCUCCCAUACAGAUGUUACAGAGGAUGGACAUUGAGGAGGAGGAGGAGGAGGAGGAGGAGGGGAAUGAUGAAGAGGUCCUCCGUCAGUUCCAGCUAAGGAGGACCUGGGAGAGCAGUCCCCAUCCCUACCUGUUCUUUAACCCUGACCACCAUUCCAUGACGUUCCUGGGGUUUAACAUUGAGAGACAAUCCGGUAACCUGAUUGAUGUACAGACCAGAAGAGUGUUAGAAACAGGGAUAAUGCAGAGAAACCUGCAGGACGCCCUCAUCAGGAACAGGGUCCCCAUAAACGAAAACUUUGACAGCUUGGCAAGAGAUCAGAAGUUGUUUAAGUUGUGCAGUGUGAUGGGGUUGGAAGACGUAUUUGACCCUGACCCGACCUAUGAACUCACCACAGACAAUGUCAAAAAGAUACUGGCAAUCUACAUGCGCUUUAGAUGUGACAUUCCAGUGAUUAUAAUGGGGGAGACAGGCUGUGGGAAGACCCGCCUCAUCAAAUUCAUGUGUCAACUUCAGUGUCCUAUUGGAGUGGAAGUGCAGAACAUGAUUCUGAUGAAGGUACAUGGAGGAACUCGUCGCUGUGAUAUAAAAAAGAAAGUAGAGGAGGCAGAAAGAGUAGCCCAGGAGAACACUGCUAAUUAUGGACAGAGACUGUACACUGUGCUGUUCUUUGAUGAAGCUAACACCACAGAGGCUAUAGGACUGAUUAAGGAGAUCAUGUGUGACCGAUCAAUGGAGGGGGAACCACUGAGACUGUGUCAGACCCUCAAAAUCGUAGCCGCCUGUAAUCCGUACAGGAAGCAUUCAGAGGACUUAAUUAAAAGACUAGAGCAGGCUGGACUGGGUUAUCAUGUGGAAGCUGAUAAAACCUGUGACAGAAUGGGUCGAGUUCCCAUGAGGAGACUUGUGUAUAGAGUCCAGCCCCUCCCCCAAAGCAUGCUCCCCCUGGUCUGGGACUUUGGACAGCUGGACACUAAUGUAGAGGAAAUGUACAUCAAACAGAUGGUUCUCAGAUAUAUUCGAGGAGGAAAACUGCCAAAUGAACCAAACUUAGAAACAACAGUCAGCCACAUUCUCACAGCUGCUCAGGAAUUCAUGAGAAGACAACAGGAUGAGUGUAGCUUUGUCAGUCUUCGGGAUGUGGAGCGAGUCCUAGAGGUGAUGAGCUGGUUCUAUACACAGAAUCAGGGAGAUCUGUUUGAUCUGAUGGAGGAGAAUGAGGAGACAGAUUCUGAUGAGGAGUUGGAACUAGAGGACAUGGAGGAAGAGGUUGUGCCACAACAUCAGGCUGUGAGUGAUUUAACAAAGGCCCUUGUCCUCGCCCUGGGAGUCUGCUACCACGCCUGUUUGAAAAACCGAGAAGAAUUCCGAGAGGAGAUGGUCAGACAGUUUAGGCCUCCUUGUGUUUUACCAAAAGGAGCAGAUCAGAUGUUAAACAUCAUUACAAGUUGCCAAGAUGUCUUCCUUGAGAUUGAUAACAUUGGAGCCAACAUUGCGAAGAACCAGGCUCUGAGGGAGAACGUGUUUAUGAUGGUGAUCUGUAUAGAACUGCGAAUUCCCCUCUUUCUGGUGGGUAAACCGGGCAGCUCCAAGUCUCUGGCAAAAACCAUUGUAGCCGACGCCAUGCAGGGCAAUGCUGCACACACGGAAAUCUACAGGAACUACAAACAGGUCCAGAUGGUGUCUUUCCAAUGCAGUCCAUUGUCUGUCCCAGAGGGCAUUAUGGGAACAUUCCGUCAGUGUGCUAUGUACCAAAAGGACAAAGAUCUCAACCGAUUUGUGUCUGUCGUAGUUCUGGAUGAAGUGGGAUUAGCUGAGGAUUCUCCAAGGAUGCCCCUGAAGACUUUGCACCCUCUACUAGAGGACGGUUGUCAAGGAGAUGAAAAGCCAGAGGAGCAUAAGAAGGUAGCAUUCAUUGGAAUAUCUAAUUGGGCUUUAGAUCCAGCCAAGAUGAACCGAGGAAUCCUUGUGCAGAGAGAGGUCCCUGACCUUGAAGAACUCGAAGAGAGUGCAGAAGGAAUAUGCUCUGGAAGCAGGAGAAUAAAGAAAAUGAUAAGGCCUCUAAUAAAACCUCUAGCAGAGUCCUACCUACAAGUGUUUGAUUCUGUUAUUGCCAAGCGGGAGUUCUUCGGACUGAGAGAUUUUUACAGCUUGAUCAAAAUGGUGUACAGUUUUGCUGAGAAGAACAACAAAAAGCCCACUUGGCUGAUGCUACAACACUGUAUCAAGAGAAACUUUGGGGGAUUUAAGCAGCCCGAAGGCCAGGAUCCCCUGUCAGUGUUCUCAGAAAAACUCAAAACUGUAGAGAAAAUUUCUAAGCCCGGUCCUGAUGAUCCAGAUUGUAGUUCAGCGGGUCUGAUUGAGGCUUGUCUGAAGGGGGACGACGUGGACAGUGACACUCGAUACCUGCUACUACUGACGGAGAAUUACGGAGCUCUGUCAGUAUUACAACAGAAAAUCCUAACCAUGAAGAACGCCAUCACUAUAUUUGGUAGCAGCUUCCCCAGUGAUCAAGAAUACACACAGGUGUGUAGAAAUAUCAACCGCAUCAAGGUUUGCAUGGAGACUGGGAACACUGUGGUUCUGUUGAAUCUGGAAAAUCUCUAUGAGAGUCUGUAUGAUGCCCUCAAUCAGUAUUAUGUGUACUUUGGAGGAGAAAGAUAUGUAGAUCUUGGACUGGGAACACAUCGUGUCAAAUGUCGAGUUCACAAAAAAUUCAGACUAAUAGUUGUAGCAGAGAAAGAGAUUGUAUACAGCAAGUUCCCGAUCCCUCUAAUCAACAGACUGGAGAAACAUUUCCUCAAAAUCUCCACCAUGUUGUCCUCAGCUCAGGUUGCACUCGCUCAAAAACUGGAGGACUGGGCACAACAGUUUGUCAAGAUAUCAGGACCGCUCUACAAAAACACAAGGGAGAAGACAGAGUACAAAAUAGGAGAUGUAUUUAUGGGAUUCCAUGCUGAUACUUGUGCUUCCAUAAUCCUCCAUGUCUGUCAAGAAAACAGUGACGAUGACUUGGAGAGCAUUGAGAAUGAGGUGAUUCAGCAUGCCAAGGAAAUUCUGUUGUGGUGUGCCACCCCUGACGGUGUGCUGAGGGCCAAAAAUAGACUGCGGGAUUUCGAGUUUGUAGAGAACAUUUACUAUGAACAACAGAAGCAUGAUAAUUUGCUGUUUUACCUGGAUCAGAAGAUCAGAAUGGAAGACAGUGAUGGACUCUAUGCCCAGGUGACCACCAGCUCUAAGCUGAUCACCACAGCUGACAUUGCAGACCUGUCCCAGUAUCUACACAUUCCCAGACCACAGAUCAGUCUUUUGACUCUCCAGUCAUUCGACACGGAACAACAGUUCUGUAGACAAGUCAAACAAAGCUUUGAGAGGGACUUGGAGGCCGAAUCUUUGCUGAUUGUUCAGUGUGACAGUGGGAAUGAGAAUGCCAGUCUAGUGGCUUGUGCUCAGUACUGUGUGUUGGAUCAACUACAGCAGAUGGAAGACAAGAAGAUAGGAAAAACACACAUUGUGUUCAUCAUCCAUCUCCCCAGGAUGGUUGGCGGAGGAUUUACUGGGUUUCAGUGUGGGAAGUGGCAUUCUGUUCACAUCGAUGACCUCCGACCCGACGAUGAUAAAAUGCCUAGUUUUAUUGAAAUGAAAAAUAAGAGUGUUGGAACUUUACUUGAAAAUGCUGCUGGUUCUAUGAGACCGGGAGACACUGAAGAUAUGGAGUGGGAAGAAAAGGCGAAACAAGAGGAAGAGCCCAGUGAAGCGGAAAUGAUGGAGGACCAGGAUGUCUAUCCACAUGACUUUGGCAACAUGAUGGAGCACACUGGACAGGUCCACGUGGAGAAGAAGGUGGAUAUUCCAUUCUUUAUUAAGCUGACGGCACAUCCGGCUCUGGGAAUGGUCAAAGAUCCGGAGGGCGACUCUGCCAGAACAACGGAAAGAGUGAAGAUUCUGUUGGAGCUUCUACAUCAUGAAACAAAAGAGAAAUUAACAUUUAUGAAUGGAGUAGGGCGUCACCUGGCGGCUCUGAUGAAGGAGAAAGAGGAGACUAUGGGGCAGUCAGCAGAGGGCUGGUUGUAUGCUGAGGCCACAAACAGGGACUGUAUCAACAGAGCGGGAACAUUCAGAAAAGCCCGAAAUCAGUGCAUCAUUGAGAAGUUGUCCCCAAUUUUGGCUGGCAUCAUUGCAGAAGUGGACACUAACAGUAACCUUGACCUUCUGAUUCAGACAGACCCAAAUUCCUGGAAGCAUAAAGUUUGGCUUGAGAUCAUCAAUGACCCAUCUGCCACAGGGAUAGAGUAUUCAAUGAUAGUGUCCCCCAAAAACCAACAGGAGCUACCAGAGGUAGUGGUUAAGGGGACAGGCUGUGAGGGAAAGAAAUUCAGGGCUCGGAUGCCAUUCUCCUGGUUGAUUUACAAACUUAUAGACCGAAUCAUCAGAACAUCACAAGAUGUUGAUAAAAAUGAAGUUAUCCAAGAAUUGGUCAUGAGGGUAGCCGGUAUUAUAGAGAAUGCAACUCUCGGAAAAGUACUUCAGAAGUGUCUAUCUGAGGUCAAGGUCACAGAAUGCGUUGAGGCCUACCUCAGUGAUUUUGUUCACAUGGUGUAUCAUGUGACCAGUGUGGAAGAACAUCAGAUGGUGUGUCAAAAUUUGCUGAAUGGAAUGAACAUGGAUUUCCGCAAGGGAUUACGAAGUGUUGUCCAGAACUUUGUAGCUAUUCAUGCAGUGUACAAUAAAUCAGUACCCCGCCUGAGAAACUUUGCCAGCAUUACGCGAGUGUGGCAGGAGUGCAGCGCCAAAAUCAUAGAGUUCCAGCAGAAAAGUGCUCAGUUCUACCUUGUGACAGAUGAGGAACUUACUUUGGAUAUCCUGGGACUCCAUCUGUUGCUGAAGUCUUUGGAGCCUGCUAAGGACUCUCUUAAUGACCAGAGGGGUAGACAACACUGGCAGAGACAGGUACACAAGUACCGACCUGUGGUGGAGAGGAUUCUGGGUCAGUUUGUUCAGGAGGUGGAUCCGUCAGGGGUGGAGGAGUUUGGGAGAAGGUGUAUAGAGGGAAUUAAGGAGGCUAGGUGUCAAUGGACCAGAGUAAUAGCAAUGAAGUUGUUCCUUCAGCAUGUGUGCGCUGAUGAUGUACAGCCAGUGGAACGAUGCAUGACUCUCUGGGUGAUGCUGAAAGAUAAUGUUGACUUCAAGGACAUAGAAUCUUUGAAAAAAGUGGAACAAUUCCUGAAAAUCAUCAUGAAAAAAGCUGUGACUACUGCAUUUGGUCGUCAGGAAAAGUGUAAAGCCUGUGAGAGUGAGAUCACAGAGAGACCCAUACAGCUGCCGUGUAAAGAUGUCAUCUGCAUCAAAUGUUACAACGACAUGAAGAUCCUGGGGGGUGGGGAGGGAGGCGAGUGCCCCGUCUGCCAUGACGACAUUCCUGACAGAUUUGAUCCCCAACAAGACAGCACACAAAACAUUAAAAUCCAAAAGCUGGCAGUGUUCAAAAGACGUUGUAACAGCUUCUUCAUGGACCUAGUGUCUCAGCUGUGCUUCUCAGACGAUGUGCCACCGUCUAGACAAGUGGUAGAGAAGCUUAUGUCGUACAUCACCGCCACGGCCCGGCGAGGACACGGGGGCAGAAUGGCCAGUAAGGAGAUGUCGGUGUUUGAGGAAGGCAUUGAUCCUACACCAGUCCUUCGAUCCUUCCUGCUUCAGCACCUUCUGAGGACUAGCUCUGAAGAAGUACGACACUGUCUGGAAAUGUACAUGGAGAGAGUAGAGGAAUUAAUGUCCCUCCAAGUCAAUGAAAAUGAGGAGAAGAUGGUGGAACUUUGUCUUCUGGUCAUUCAGUGUCUGGAGGACUCAUUUCAUCAAGAAGUAACAAAGAAUGCAGACUCGGGGAAAUAUAAAAUCAAGAUGGCUAGCCAGAUGCUUCAGCAGAAUGUCAUGCUGGUGAUGAGAGAGGGUUUGGAUGUGGAGAAGUUGCACUGUAUGGCUGAGACCAGGUUUGGGCUGAUUGUUGUAGCAGAGGUACUCCACAAGUUAUUGGUGGAAAAGUCAAUAAAGGCGACCCAGAAUAUUAGAAGACUUUUGGAGGUUGCUGGAAAGUUGUGUGACGAAUGCGGGUCAAAGCAGCCAAAAUUGUUCCUCAUAAAACACCUUUGUCGAUGUUUUGGGUUGGAGACCUAUCAGAAGAUUUGUAAGACUGGUGACGCUUCCAUGGUUCGCUGGCUAAGUGUACCAGAUCUACAGAAAAAUGAGAUUGUUGAGUGCAGUGACCGGUUUAUUGUAUGUGGGGACCACUACAAGGCAGUGAGGGAGAAGCUGACCCAGGCAGUACUGGCACAGAACAUGGACACUUUCAAUACUGCUAUAGAGGCUGUCAAGGUACCAGAUUACCAGAAGAGAACGCUGGUCCUCCUGGCUAUGUUAAGGGAGAUAACGUUGUCCUGUCUGUACCCAGAAAGUAGGAGAAGAGUUACUCCAGCGGCUGUUGAACUUCUUCAUCAGUUUUUGGCACAACAUCCCAUGUUUGCAAAUCAGGUUGAUCUGCCAAGAGCACUUUGUACAAACAACCUCUGGAGGAGAAACCCCCAGCUGACCGUCCAGGAGGGUAUGGAUCUUGGCCAUCAGAACACACUGUGUAUGUUGAACCACUUCUUCAUCACUCUGUUACAGAUCCCUGAUGAGAGGACACUGUUAGAACCCCUCAACAGACUGGUUCAACAGCCACAAGACAUGCAGAGAGCCUUCCUGCCCACCAUGCCACAAGAUGAUGUUGCCGAGAUCAAAGAGGCCUUGUUGGCAGCCAGACAAGGCGGUGAUGAAAAUCCUGUUUUCUAUCGUUGCCCAAACGGUCAUCCCUACAUAAUUGGCAAUUGUGGUAGACCGGCCACUGUUGGUAGGUGUAAGGACUGUGGCCAAGAAAUCGGCGGUCAGUCUUACCAACUGCGAGCUGGCAACAUACUAGACCAAGGGUUGGAUCAGACAGCCACUGGUCACAUUCUGGGUCGCGCUGAGGGGAGACAAGCAGUAGCCAGUCCUGAGAGAAGUCUGUCUCCUAUUGAGUGUGCUGUAACCAGACUCUUCACUCACAUGGCCAUGUAUCUGGGAGCCUGUGUUAAUGUUCAGGCUAUACAGAGUGUAAUAAAACCAGACCUGCAGGAUGACAAUGUAUUACCGUUUCUGUGGGCACACAUAGAAAAAGAUCUGACCACCGUACAGAGAGCCAUAGGCAGAAGUGUGGACGAUGUCUACAUCCUGAUGCACAAAAUCUGUAACGACAUCAUGGUCAAACACAAUGUUCAAAUGAAUCAAGAUGUUUGUGUGUUGGCCAGUAAAAACAGCAGAAGGAAAUGGGAAGAGAACUUUACGAAGUUGUAUCUGUCACCAGUUCUUCAGGAUAUGGACAAUUAUCUGAAAUCUCUGAAUAAACAGCUUGCUAAUGACAAGAGGCUUGGCUCAGACCCACUUCUAUGUUUGCUGUUUGAGAUUGAUGUUCCAUCUGAGGAUUCCUCAUCAAACGCCCUCCACAAUGUUCCCGCGGUGUGGCGCUACCGGUCCCAGAUAACCAUGGAUCACCUCUUACACACCGUACAGGUCCAGGGACAGACCCACCAAGUCCUCCACAUGUUCUUACAGGAGGAGCACCAGCUGAGGGCAAUUCGUCUGGUACCAAACAUUCUGAAGCUUCAGAGAAUGCUGAUUCAGCGAUUCCAGAGAAAGCUGGACAGAGCCGAGGCUACUGCAGUAACAAUCGAGGACAUGAUACAGGGAUACGGAAAUGAGGGUAAAUCUGAGGAGAUGAGAAGUUUAGUGGCGGACUUUUCAGAGGCCUGGCAGUGUGUGCGACAACAGCUCCUGACAUUCACCAUUCCCACUCUGGAAGGCUUGACUAAGGUCCCCAAGGAGUACUGUCAGAAGCCCAUCACGGAGGACCACCCUGUGUCCGUACUACUGCCCACCUUCAGGGAUGCUGGACUCUGUUCAUACGGUCUCUUAUACUACCUACUGAAGAAACAAAACAACUUCCUACAGGAGUACUGCAAAAAGAGAAAAGCACAAUAUACCAAGCUACCCAAGGUACAUGUGACAGAUGUGACCACUGCCCACCUGAUCAGCUAUCACCCUGACAGAGACAUCCUCCCAAUGGUCAUGGCAAACUGCCAUUACACCUUCGAAGUCGGCAAAGGAACCAAAAUAGACUACAGCUUUGGCGACCUAGAGCGCCAGCUGAUGGACCGAUUCCUGUUUUCCAAGUCAGUGAUAGAAAUGCCUGUAUACGAGUUUGAAAUGAUGACCUACAGAUCAGAGACAACGAAUGCUGUUGUGUUCAUGGACCUCAGGCAGAAAAUCAAACAGGAACCUUUGACCCUUGCUGUAGCCAAUCAGAUCAGUGAAGAGAUCCGGGCUUACCCUGACCUGUGUGAGACCCUGGACAAGCUGGACAUCACCAUAAGUUUCCUUAAAUCUGUCGGGGGUGAAGGUAACAUGUCCCUGGAGAAGUUCAUGACCCAGACACUCAAAAUGGAGAACCCCUUCCCCAGCCAAAAGGUAAGAUCUUCCUGUGUGUGUAAGCAUGCCCAGUCACUGUGGAUCACAUUGGCAAUGGAGAAAACCAAAAGACAGGCAUCACAUAAAGAGGAUGCAUUUGAGAGUUUGGCCGGUGAAUAUAGGGAGGAGCUGGUUCCUAACCAGCGAAAACUAAUUCCAUUGUUCUGUGAGGAGAUUCCUCUGGAGAGACUCGGCCUCCUGCUGGAGAUGUUGUUUGAGUGCAUCAUGUUGACGAUCACGGUACCCAGAGGAACAGAUGAUGAUGAUGUAGACAUGACCAAAGUAGGAUUACGAGACACCCUGAUUGGAUACAUUACAGCUCGUCAGUAUGACCUUGACCUAAAUUACCCAGGAUGGAUGUCUGAACUUGUGGAAAGAAUUCCCAAUGAAGGUGAAAACUUUACCAAAAUUUUAAACAGCCAAGCUGUCGAUGUUUGGCUGUGUUUGUAUGCCAUCUACACCCAGAAACUAAGUGAACGAAGAUAAUUGCAUUGUCAUCUACAUCCGGAAACAAAGUGAACAAAGAUAAUUACAUUGUAUGUCAUCAUGCAGACAAAAGUGAGAGUGAACAAAGAUAAUUAUAUUGUCAGACAAAACUGAAAAUGGAGGAAGAUAACUGUUUUCAAACAAAAGAGGAGUGAAAGAAUAGAGACUAAACUUAGAUACAUCACUUUGUAUUAGUACAAAUACCAUUUAAUUGUAAAACUUGUAUGUAAGACUGAAUACCGUGUGCUAGCUUAUAUUGACAAUUCAAAAUGUACUAAUCUUAUUGAUGAUGGUGAAAAAAGCAAUUGGGACCAAGCUUUGUUGUGAUAAACAUCCUAAUUGUGUGUAAAUAUUUGUAAAUGUUGUUUUUGCAUACAUCUGUAUAUAUAUGAUUGGGUUUUUUUCCUCAUCAGUUAUACUCCUUUUUAUAGAUACAUGUACAUGUAUCAUUAUGCUGAAAAUUUUAUUGCAUCUGCUCUACAGUAAAUAUUUUUUAUGCUACGCAAAAUUAUUAGUACAUGUAUAAUCAGUCAUGCUGUUGAAAUCGAAGGUCAGAGGAUCUUUUUUUUAAUGUUUUUCUUCGUCUGAAUUUUGCCGUGUUAAAUCGGAUUCAUUAUAGUUAAGAUGAAAAUGAUUUUUCUUAGGUAUUAGAAAUAGCGUGAAAUUUCCCUACAUUUUGAACAGAACUAUCUUUCAAAUUGUGAAGAUUUCACGUGAGUUUUGAUAUUAUAAGGGCUAAUUUAGGUCCCUUUACAUGUAUAUUCAUUGUAGAUCUUUCUUACAUCCUGUUUUUAUGAAUCAGUAAAUUACGUACUUGCAUGGCUUGUUAUAGUUAUAUACAACUAUGUAGUUACAGUACAUUUUAUGAAGUACAUCAAGGAUACCAAAGAGGACGAGUUGCAGUUGCUGAUUGACCUCACCACUUGUGUGAAUCACUUCAUGCAUAAUAUAACAUAUAAUUAUCUCAUUAUUGUUUGUGUGUGCCUUGUGCUUUGUAUUUGGUAACUUUUUGCAAAAUCAUUUUGUAAAAUAUAUAUUUAUAGUUAUUAAUGCACAAUAAGAAUUUUGUCACUGAAUACUAAAUGCAGUGUAUACAUCAUUGUGAAACAAAGUGUGCAAUAAAACUGUUUUUUCAAA